AUCAAUAUACGCACGUGACAAAAACAGUUCCUCGAUUCAGCGGUUCCUAAAGACAUCAGUAAACAUGGACAGCGAUUACGGGAAGGCAGGGAAGGACUCUGAAGUCGCCGAAGUUCUUGUUCCUCUUCGGGGAAAGAAUCGGGAAUCUCCCCACCAGAAGCAUUCAUGGAUGUUCUGGAGAAGGAAACGCUACUUAGUGACACUUCUUACACUCUUUGGCUUCAUGAAAGUGUACACCCUGAGGUCGAGCGUGAGUGUAGCUGCUGUCGCGAUGACCUCACCCUAUCACACUACCUUGGAUAACGGCACUGUCGUGGAGGCACAAGACUUUAACUGGGAUUCAAAAAUGCUGGGCACCUUCCUCAGCUCAUAUUUUUACGGGCAGGUCGGCUCUCAGCUGUUAGGUGGGUGGCUUGCUGCUCGGGUGGGUGGUGCUCGACUAUUUGGGUGGGCCUUGGGUGUCACUUCUGUCAUGACAGUGAUAACUCCACCCAUAGUAUAUGCCAAUUUCUACCUUCUACUGAUCACACGAGCUUUGACAGGCUUCUUUGAGGGAGUGACAUAUCCAUGUUUACUGGAAAUAUGGUCAAAGUGGAUCCCUUCACAGGAAAGGCUGAAUUUGAUGAACUUAGCCAUGUCUGGAAUGCCUAUUGGGAUUGUAGCGGGCUUGCUGUUAGGUGGACUUAUAGCUGACUAUCUCGGCUGGGCCUUUAUAUUCUACAUCACAGGUACCCUUGGGAUUUUGUGGAGCAUUGUGUGGCUGUUGGUGGUGAAAGAUCGACCUGAGUACGAUUUAAACAUAUCUUCUGAAGAGUUGAAAUAUAUCAAGGAUUCUUUGGAGGUCAAUACUGGGAAUAAACAUAUCAAACACCCAUGGAAAAAGUUCUUUACCUCGACACCAGUGUGGGCUAUGGUUGUCGGCAUAAUCUGUGAGAACUGGGGACACAUAACAUUCAUCACUCAACUGCCUGCAUUCAUGACAGAUGUUUACGGCUUUCGGCUGUCAAAAUCGGGCUUGAUAACAUCAUUGCCUUACAUAGUACUGGGUAUUGCUACACAGUUUACUGGCAGACUAGCUGAUUGGCUUAAGAACGAAAAGAUUCUUACAAUGACACAGGUCCGUAAAACCUUUGGAUGUGGAACAUUCUUUCUCCAAGCAGCUAUCCUCAUGCUUUCUACUAAAUUACAGUCAGCUACAUUGGUCAUAUUGUGUAUCAUCACCCUUGUUGGAUUGGAAUCAUUCGCAAUAACUGUCUUACCUUCAAAUGGUUUAGACAUGGCACCUCAGCAUGCCAGUGUAAUAUUUGGGCUCAGCUGCACAUUGGGUUGUCUACCGGGCAUCCUCAGCCCUCUUCUCUCAGGUUUUAUUGUCACUAACAGGAGCAAAGAACAAUGGAUGAUCGUCUUCUACAUAGCUAGUGGCUUGUACGUGUUUGGAGGUGUAUUUUACGGUUUAUUUUCAUCUGGCGAACUACAACCUUGGGCAAAAAAUGGAACUUUACCACCAGGCACUGAAAGUAAAGACCCUGAAAAUAACCGUGUGUCUGUUGAAAAAGAGGAUCAUAUUAAAAACAGAUUGUGA